GUGAAUAAAAUAGUAUUGAGUGACUGACACUGAUUCACGAUGCUUAGCACGUUGGACAAUGAAAAUCCAAAUGAAGAAAGUACAUUACUGGCUAAAUUCAAAAGAAGAAACACGGAUUCUGUAUCGACCACAGCCAGUGAAGGUUUGCUAACUGGAAUAGAUAUGUCGUCUGAUACAGAAUUCCGAUGGAGAUGGCAAAUAAUACGUUUUUAUUUAGUUGAACUAAUGGUGUUGAUAUUGGUUUUUGCCUACAAUUUAUCUGCUACGGUUUUGAAAAAUAGAAUAAUUUUUCAAACGUGUACCGUUGUAUUCGAUUUUAACACAACUGAUUGCCAAAAAUUAUCGACCAGAAACGCUUCUCAUUAUAUUAUGGAUAUAGAAGAAAAAGUUCAGCCAUAUGUUGCCCGACUUUUCAUGACCAGUUCUGUGAUUCAAAGUAUCGUGCCAGCUUUUUGCGGGACAUAUGUAGGAGCUUGGUCAGAUCGUUUUGGUCGUAAACCUUUGUUAAUUGCUUCGUUUUCUGGUUAUUUUUUAUUUUAUGCUAUUACUUCUAUUAUAAGCCAUAUCUCCGAUGAUGGAGAUGUAAGCCCCUGGUAUUAUUUAUUGGCUUCGGUGCCUCUCUCUUUAUUAGGAGAUAGUGUUACAUAUUCUGUUGCAACUCUAUGUUAUAUUUCUGAUGUAUCCACAACUGAAGAACGUCCUUACAGAAUGGUAUUCUACGAAGCCGUUAUAUAUAUUGGACUAAUGGCGGGAUCCUUUACAUCUGGUUACAUAUAUCGGGAUUACACUUCAUCUACAUUAGUAUUUUCAAUAUCCGCUUUGUGUUUAUUGUUUGCAACGUUGUUUAUAAUAUUUAUAAUACCAGAAAGUCUACAAGUCCAAUCGACAGAAAAUAUUGCAAAUAAUAACGAAGAAAAUCCCUUGGAAGAGGAGCAGAGAUUUAAAAAUUUAUUUGAUAUUAAAAAUCUAAAGGACAUGUAUAAGACUUGUUUUAAAUUCAGAGAAUAUGAAACCCGUGCUGUAAUUUUAUUGAUUGUAUCUACUUUAGUAAUUUGUGCAUUUGUAGUAGAUGGAUCAGUAACAGUUUUUUAUCUCUUUAUACGUGAGAAGUUUCAGUGGACCAUUAAAGAAUAUACCACAUACGAAACUCUUAGUAUUUUAGUACCUGUUUUAGGAAAUAUUUUUGGAAUAUGGUUGCUAAGAAAAGUUAUUCAAAUUCCACUAUUAAAUCUUGCGAUAGUGGGAUUGUUAUCGAACGUUUGUAAUUGCUUGAUGAAAGGUUUCGCAGCUAUAAAUUGGCAAUUAUAUUUGUCCAUCGUAUUAGGUGCUUUAAAAUCCAUUGUCAAUCCAAUGCUUCGUACAGUUUUGACUAAAAUACUACCGUCAAAUGAAUUGGGCAAGAUAUUUUCCUUCAUUAGUGCUUUGAACGCCUUCGUCCCAUUUAUUGCAUCACCGUUAUAUACAAUCGUUUACGGGUUCACUCUUAAAAGUUUUCCGGGUUUCUUUAAUAUUUUAAGUGCAAAUUUGUAUCUUUUGGCGAUUGGUUUAAUUUUGGUGGUUUUUCGUAAAAAACAGAAAUACUCUAUUUAUUAUAUGUCGUUAAAAAUGGUAGAAUCAUCAGCAAGAUCAGUAUGGAGACAAAUAAAACAAUAUCAGUGGGGGAAAUUUUUUCAUAUGUUUUACAUCGAGCCCAUUGUUUUUAUUUUGGUAUUUUCACACAGUUUAUCAGGAACUAUAAUGAGAAAUGAAGUUAUAUAUCAAGCAUGCACCACAAUUUUUCGUUACAACGAAAGCGAUUGCCUACAAUUAGGAACAAAAAAUGUUACCGGCUACUUGCAGGAAAUCGAAACUGAAAUUCAACCAUAUGUAGCAAAUUUAUUUAUGAUACGAACUCUUUUGGAAAGUAUAGUUCCAGCGGUCUGUGGUGUAUUUAUUGGAUCUUGGUCGGACCAUUAUGGCCGUAAGCCACUUUUGUUGGUAUCAAUGAUAGGCUUUUCUUGUACUUAUGUCAUCGCGGCAAUAAUUUGCGAACUAUCGCGAUAUUAUCCUGUUAAUCCUUGGUAUUAUAUAUUGGCCGUAAUUCCCCACUCCAUACUUGGCGGUAAUUGUGUGUUUUCAGUAGCAGCGUUUUGUUUUAUAUCCGACGUGACAGAUACUAAAACGAGGCCGUACAGAAUGAUUUCUUUAGAAGCGUUUUUAUCAGUUGGUCUUAUGGUGGGUUCAUUACUCUCUAGUUUUGUGUAUGCUGCCACAAGUGCCACCUUCACGUUUUCCUUAUCUGGCAUAUUAAUGUGUUUAGCGACUGCUUACAUAGCAUUAUGUGUUCCGGAAAGCUUAAAAUUCAAGUCCAAAGAAACUGAAUCGAAUAUAGUGAAGACGUGUUGCAAUGAACUUCCGAUGAAAUGUACAAUAUUGACAAAUCCAUUGGAAUUAAAGCAAAAUUAUAAUGAACACGAAAAGAAAAAUAUUGAUAAUGAUAAUUUCCGUGAUGUUGAUCUUCGAAGAGAUGGCGAAGAAGUACCAAAAGUAGAGAAAAAUAGUUCUUUAGAGAAGAAGAACAAUGAUGGCGAAGAGGCGACUGUGGAACCGAAAACCCCUGGUUUGUUUAGCUACAGACAUGUCAAGGAUAUGUGGAUUACUUGCUUUAAGACACGACCUUACUAUGACCGUAGCAUAAUUUUAUUAGUUACCGGCACAAUGUUUUUAGCAAUUUUUGUCUUGGAUGGAGCAAUGACAGUAUUUUACUUAUUUGUACGUGAAAAAUUUCAAUGGACUAUAAGAGAAUUUACAUUCUAUGAAACUAUAAGUCAUGUUACAUCUGUAUUUGGCGCAUUAAUUGGAUUUUUAAUAAUGCGAAAGGUAUUUCAUUUAUCAGUGGUCACUUUGGCAUUAAUUGCCUUUUUAAGUGAGAUUAUUCGUAGCGUUAUACAAGGUGUAGCAACGGAACCAUGGCAUUUAUAUGUCGGCAUUGCUGCCGGAGCUUUGAAAGCCGUUGGUGGUCCAAUGUGUCGCACAAUUGUUUCAAAUAUUGUACCAGCCACAGAUUUAGGUAAAAUCUUCUCAAUCAAAAAUAUUUUACAGUCAAUUGCUCCAUUUUUGGCAGCUCCAUUAUACACAAUCAUUUAUAAAGCAUCUUUAACAUCAUUUCCCGGUUUGUUCAAUAUAUUCAGCGCAAUACUAUAUUUCAUUGCAUUUAUAUUUCUAUUAUUUGUUUUGCGCUUUAAAUUUAAUAACAGAGAACAUUAUGGUCAAAUAUUAAAAUAAUUCGAUAUCACUGAUGCACAUCCGUCAUUUAUAAAACUUUGUUUUUAGUCAAAUUAUUUACAUUCCGCUUUAGUGAAUAAAACACAUAC